AUGACCGCUUUUACUAAACCCAAGCAGGAUCACCCCUGUUCAUAUUUCGUCAUAGGUCUAUCAAUGUUCCUUAUUAUAAUCACGUUGCCCUUCUCGCUCCUAUUUUGCAUCGUGAUCGCCAACGAGUAUCAACGAGUUGUCAUCUUCCGACUCGGCCGCCUGGUAUCCGGAGGAGCCAGAGGCCCUGGCCUCUUCUUUAUAAUUCCUUGCGUCGACCGCUACUGCGAAAUAGACCUUCGUACCAUUUCGAUUGACGUCCCUGCACAAGAGAUUCUUUCCAGGGACUCGGUCACUGUGACAGUGGACGCAGUUAUUUACUAUCGCAUCGUCAACCCCAUCGCGUCCGUCAUGAACGUCGAGGACUACUUCGUGGCCACGAACCUGCUGGCCGCCGCCAUGCUCAGGAAUGUGCUGGGCACUAAGAACCUUUCGGACAUCUUGUCCGAUAGGGAAUCCAUAUCGCAGAUGAUGCAGUCAGCCCUAGACGUCGCCACGGACCCGUGGGGCGUAAAGGUAGAGCGUGUCGAGAUCAAGGACGUCCGCCUUCCACACCAGAUGCAGAGGGCCAUGGCUGCCGAAGCCGAGGCAGUUCGGGAAGGGAGGGCCAAGGUCGUGGCUGCCGAGGGCGAAGAACGGGCCGCCCUGGCGCUCAAAGAAGCUGCCGAGAUCAUCGCCCAAGCUCCAGCGGCUCUCCAGCUACGGUACCUUCAGACCCUUGCGAACAUCGCGACCAACCACAACUCGACCACUGUGUUCCCGUUGCCCCUUGAGAUGAUGCGUGGCCUUUACUACAGUCAUCCGUACGGUGAGCCAAAAAAUCGCCAGGGAUUUAGCGCCCCCAGUGUUAGAGGUCCUGUUGUGGCACCCAGUAGCGGGCGUGGACAACGAGGCAAGCAAUUGCUUUGA